AUGCCAUUCACUGAGCCCAGGCGGAAGCGCAAUCGCACUCGAGAGAUAGCGAUCCACCGAAGACUCUGUAUUGCAGCUAAUGAGAAGAAAUUUCGAGCGGCAACUGUCAAGGAGGCUAUGGUGAUCAACGAGGUAGUCUUGGUUGAUAAGAAAGCUGGUUCUAAGGACUCAUCACUGACUCAGUCCGAUAUCUGCUCGAUGAGUGAUGAACAGAUUAAGGCCCGUUUUAGAGUGACCUUGGAUCUUAGAAGACUUAAUGCUAUGCAACUGGUUCCGAAAACGGCUCCUGAUAAAUCGGGUGGUUAUGUGACUAUUGAUGCCAAUGGUGUGGAGUGUCUAUGGGUGUGUACUGUAUUACCACAAGGAUGGCGAUACAGCGCGGUCCUAUUCUCAAGGGUGGUGGGGUCGGUUUUGGAAGAGGCCUGUAUCAUCUGUAAGAAAAUGGGACUAGCCUCUGGCGACAUGGUCGAUUUCUGUGGAGUUCGUUGCUAUCGAAGUGAGAUCUUCCCUAAUGUGAAGAGACCUGCAUUGACUACCGCCUUGAUUGAGGAGAGUUGUACAGACUUUGAGAGAUUCCAUGAUCUGGAACAGCGAAAGAGUUGGAUCCGCAGCUGGGCUGAAGCCAAGGUAAUUCUUCGUAGACUUCAACGACUAGAUCCUAGGAGCUCGAAGGCAACAUCCCUGGUGAAGGAGCUUGCUCGUUACUAUUUAUCGGGGCUGGUUUGCCUCUACGUUCUUGGUAAUGGAGAGGGCUGCCAAGUGGCUGGCACGGCCAUAAUGGUUGAUUGUAAUAAGGAUGCUUGGGCUGCCAUCAUGUUUCAACUUAUCAUAAUCAAGAAGAGUGAGAUUGCGGAUAUUGGUCCCCGAGCUAUAGGCUGGCAUCUCGCCCUUGAUGGGCUGGCCAUCAAGAUGUGCUCUGAAAUAUCUUUAGAGCUGGCCGAUGAUGAGAUAUGUAUGCUGCUCCCGCUCUCUCUCGAUGGUGGUUCAGUGACGGACGAGGAUAUGCUUCGCUCUUCAACUUUUCGUGAACGUAAAGCACAGUUGUUAGCUCUGCAUAGGUUCCUCCCUCUAUGCACCUCUCCUGUGGUGAUGAUUGGUGAUAAUGCUAACUCUGUUGAUGGUCGGUAUUGGCAUACUCUUGAAGCUGAUCAUGCGGCUACCGAGCUGGAUCUUAGGAUGGUAACUGAAUACCAUCGGACAGUUGAUGCUACAUUGUGGGUGCCUCGUCUUUCAGUGGUUAAGCUUGUGGAUUCCAUGGCAAGGGUCCUACCACAGGAUCUUGCCUCUGGUGAUGUCAAGUGUCAUUGUCACUGA